AUGGCUCUCAACUCUCAGGGAAUCCUUGCAGCGGUGACCAUCGCAAUGUAUAUUCCCUUCCUGUUCGUUUCUCUCAGGUUGGUGAUGAAGUACGGAAUGUCGCGAGGUGAUGGUUGGGUCUUGUUGUUGGUGUUCAGCAUCAUCCGGGUAUUGGGUGGUUCUUUGCUUGUCGCAGCUGAGGAUAUCACGCCCGCAAACACUUCGCUUUACAUCGGCGGCUAUGCCUUAGAGUCAUCUGGCCUAUCCCCACUGUUGCUUUGCACGCUGGGUCUGUUGCACUCGAUGUUCCAAACUCCUGAUGGCUUUUCGAGAUAUAACAGACAAUUCCGCCUUCUUCAACUCCUUGGCACGGUCGCUCUCAUCCUUGUCAUCGUCGGUAUCUCCGAAGCGUCAAGUUCCAGCUCAAGCUCGAGUGCAAACACCAUGCGCAGGGCUGGUGCCAUCCUCUUUUGUGUCUUAUACAUUAUCCUUGUCGGCAUUUGCAUCUUUCUAUGGACACGAAUCCACUUUGUUUUGAGAUAUCGCAAGCAGCUCUUGAAGGCUGUCUCCAUCGCACUGCCAUUCCUGGCCAUUCGGACGCUCUACAGCGUCCUGUCCACGUUCUCUUCGAGUUCGUUCUCGAUAACCGAAACUAGCGAGCCCAACACUAGCGACCUGGCAAAAUUCAAUAUUUUGACGGGCGAAUGGCAAAUCUACCUCGUAAUGGACAUGCUCAUGGAGUAUGCCAUUGUGAUCAUCUAUUCUGUUGCAGGCAUCGUGCUUCCCCUCAACGAAGAUUACAAGUCUGCAGGUUCGUAUCAAGAUGAGUACCCCUUGAGUAAGCCUCAGAUGUCAGCACCGAGGCGCCAGUGAAUGAGAGUCGUGUCCAGUAACGAAGCGGUUAAUGGAUUUAAUAAUACCAUCCUCAUGACACAUCUGUUUGCGGGCUCACUCACCACCCGUAAAUAUGAAUACAAUAGACGUAACCGUGGUUCUCGAUUGAGCUAGCGCUGAUACAGUGCGCACUUUUACCAGCCAUACAUCUAGGCACAUACAAGUACUUAUGUCGAUGAAUGAGAUACUUACACAUGUCAUGCAGUUCAAAACUUGUCCGAUAUUUUAUUUGACCUCAAUUCACAUUUAAUUACCUGUCGACAUGACAGUUCGCUUUUGGGCCUCAGGCUCGUGAACGGGUUAAUGUAAUGUUAGCUAAAGCACCACUUACAAAGUUCAAUCCGACACUUCAAUAAUC